AUGCCUCCAAAAAUCAAGCGGACAAUGUAUUUUCUGGAUUCUUUUGAAAAUUUCUCCGAUUCUGGUUCUUUUAUUGUUUCAUACAAUAGUGAUAAUGAGGACGAUGACCCUUUCAUUUGUUCUAAAGAAAUUGAGAAUGAUCAACGUUUGGAAGAAGUAUUGGUAAAAUCCAACAAAAACCGUUGUCAUUCAAAACGUCGUUAUUUCUGUACUGUUCCAUUUUCAAAAAUUAGAAAGGAUAAAAAAGAGAUAUCUUUUGAGGAAGAAGACGAAAUGUUCUACAAUCGCCAAUUUUCUUCUUUUGAUGAUCAACAACAAUAUCAAAAAGAAUUUUUGAAUUAUUCAUCUUUUGAUCAAAAUUUUGGAUUUGAUUUAAAUAAUCUAACACAUUUACAUUAUCAACAUUUCAAUCCCUCUGAUCAAUUCCAAUCAUCAUUUGAUCUCUCUUUAAGUUCAACAACUUCUUGUACGUCACUUGGUACCUCUUCAGGACUUCCAUCACCAAAUGAUUACUUUCCUGUCAACCAACAUCAAGUGAUUUUGAUGGAUACAAACAGUGCAUAUAAUUACGCUGCUAUUAAUUAUACUAAUAAUAAUUCUACAACAUUCAACUCCUUGUCAGAAGCAUCAAAUCCACAAACAAUUAAUUCAAGUUGUGGUUGUCCAGUUAAUACUAUAAAAUAUGAAUAUGAUAACGGCAAUAUCAUUUCUUCAUCAAUUAGUCCAGCAACUUUUCAAGUAGCAAUACCGCAACAGAUGCCUUUUCAAACUACCAACAUUUUUCAAAGCAAUAAUACCUCUUUGGCACAUCAACAAGUCACAAAUGGAAAUGAAAGGCUUAAGGAUAAGGAAAAAUCGCUUGUAAAUACGCCAAACAAUGAUUUUUCAAAUGUAAAUGUAUCCUUAUUCUUCCAACAAACUGGAGACGAUUUUGAAGUUGCUGAUGAUAAAGACAACAAUGAUUUUUAUGUUACUGGACAACAACAACAGCUACUUUGCAAUGAAGGGUUUCCUUUGGAAUUGGAAAAUAAUAUUUGGGAUAAUUGUGAGCAAGAACAAAAAGAAGAAGAAGAUAGUUCUGCGACGAAUAAUAUAGUUAAUUCAAAUUCUCUAGUUGAAAAGAAUAAGUAUGAAGCCACAUCUCCUUCAUGGACUCAGUGUUGUUCAUCAAUUUUAAAUGGGGAAAAUAGUCAAAAAGAGACACCCCAAAGAUUUUUGAUAAGUUUAGAGGAUGAAUUAGUAACUCCACAGCUAGAUUUGUUUAUAAAUUAA